AUGAGCCAAGCCAACUCUCGAGGCAGUCCUGGUCUACCUUUGCGAUACUCACAAAGCAACCAAUAUACCGAACCGCGCGGCCUUAUCGCACGCGCCGGCACAUAUUUGCCUAUCCGUGGCUCGCAACACGGCGGAUCUCACCCUGGAUAUGGACGCAGGUCUUGGACCCAAUUAUCACUGUGGCAUCAAGUGAAAUCUCGUCUUAGAGCAGCCUUUUGUGUUGCCAACUUCUUGGCGAUUUUGUGGAUGUUUACUCUGUGGUGGGGGGAGAGGACUGUCUUCCGGGAACAGAUAUCGCAAUGCUAUUGGGAUUCGUGGGAGAAAUGGCCUGCUGGUGCCACGCCCCAUCAUGUCGUUUUCGUGGCUGAUCCUCAAAUUGUCGACCCUCACACAUAUCCGGGGCGUCCGUGGCCAUUGUCCACCCUGACAAUCAGAUACACCGAUCAAUACCUACGUCGAUCUUUCUCCCUGAUUGAGCAAUAUCUCAACCCGGACUCGGUUUUGUUUCUUGGAGACCUCUUCGAUGGUGGUCGAGAGUGGUCUACUGCUACAAGUGAGAGCCCAGAAGAACAAUACAGAAAGUACGGUGACAGGUUUUGGUUGAACGAAUAUAACCGGUUUUCCCGCAUUUUUUUUCAACAGUGGAACCAAGCGGGCACUGCAUCAACUGGUGAGCGUCGAGGUCGCAAGCUAAUUGCUAGUUUGCCUGGUAAUCACGAUCUGGGUUUUGGAAGUGGCGUGCAACCCGCUGUUCGCAGGCGAUUUCAGGCAUACUUUGGCCGAGGUAACCGGGUAGAUAUUAUAGGCAAUCAUACGUUUGUUUCUGUUGACAGCGUUUCUCUCUCCGCCAUGGACCAACCUGACCCAGAAACCGGUAGUACCGGAAAUGGUGCCGGUGAUGGGCCUCUCCCUAACGAGGCAAUUUGGGGCCCGACUGAAGAAUGGCUCAAGGGGGUAAAGGAUAUGAAAGUACGUCUGGAAACUGAGGAGCUUCGCUCUCAACGCAAUGAGAGCGAGGGGUUCAAAUUCAUACAGGGGCUUCAAGAAGCUGCGCAGGAUACCGUCAUCCACAAGGCACCUUUCGAAUCUCAGGGAUUUCCAACCAUUUUACUCACUCACGUUCCAUUGUUUCGAAAACCUGCAACUCCUUGUGGUCCUUUACGUGAGCGUUAUCCGCCGUCUUCUACUGAUCCAAUUCCAGAAGAGGACGAGCAGAACGCUCUUAAAAUCAAUGGCGGUUAUCAGUAUCAGAAUGUUCUUACGCCGACCAUCUCUAGUGAAAUAAUGACAAGAAUCGGCCCUGAGGUUUCCCAUAUUUAUUCAGGAGAUGACCAUGACUACUGUGAGAUUACGCAUCGAGAAUAUAUCGGGUCUCCAAAGGAGACUACCGUGAAGAGCCUUUCUUGGGCAAUGGGAAUACGACGUCCGGGGUUCCUAAUGACUACGCUGUGGAAUCCCAUCGACAUCAGCAAUGGAAAGUCUGUUGAUGAGACGUCGCAAGCAACAGUUCAAAAUCACUUGUGUCUUCUUCCGGAUCAACUUUCAAUCUUUAUAUAUUAUGGCAUCAUUUUCUUUGUAACAAUUGUUCUCUUGGUCAUUCGAGCUAUGACCGUCACCUUCCUUUCGUUUGGCAAGCCUGCCGAUUACGAGCCCACUCUACCACUUAACGAAUAUCCACAUCACUCUCGAACACCAAGUCGUACAUCACACCAACCAUCCGCCAGCAUCACUAGCGCGACGGCCGGGGGAAAUCCCCGGUUAGCAAACCGCAGCAACUCAAUGACCACCGCGCCUGCUAGUAACUAUCGUCUGGACGAUGAUAUACGCAAAAGCACUCAACGUUAUGAUGAUUGGAAACGGGGGGAAGACUGGGAAGAAGACGAUAGAGGAAUAAGCAAACUCUUAUCGAGUAGUCGCCAGUCGGGGCGUGAAUGCGUCGGACCGGCUUCUAGUACUGGUCGAUUUACGCAUGAAUUGAAGAGCAGCGUCAAGCAGGUCGCUUUUAUAGUUCUUCCAUUUUAUCUCUGGUUGAUAUGGAGAUGGUGA